CAGCCUGCAUGCUGGCUGGAAGAAAAUAAAAGUAAAUAAGAAAAAAUGGAGCAAAAUUGAUCAGCUUUUACGAUCGCUUGCAUUUUAUUCAGUUCGUCUUUGUAUCUCGAUGGUUGAAUUGUACUGCAGUAGUAGAGAUAAAGUUUGAUAGUUUAUAUAGUAUGAAAGUUUACCAUAAAACACAAUUAAUAUUUCGUGAGGUUGAAAAUUGUUGGUUGGAAAACUAGUGAAGUUAAAACAAAGUUUUACCUUGUCCAAAUCACGAGUGUGACAGAGAAAGCUAUAAAAAUGUCGACCAGUGAAAUUGAUGAUUUUGUAAAUGGAGCACUUGUUUCAUGGAUUGAAUCCUGUCUUCCGCGUCACGAAAUCAUCGCCGGAUAUGUAUCCUUGUUGGAUGGCACAUUAUUGCAUAGUGUAUAUCUGCAGAUUGAUCCCGAACCACAACAUCAUCCGGUCAAGCUGAAAAACCUAGAGGGUAUAUCACUAGCUGCUGCACGAAGCCGAAACUUCGAUGCUAUUGUGAAAAAUUUAAGAAAUCUUUAUGAUGAGGAAAUUGGACAAACAAUACUGGCUCUUCCGGAUUGCUCAAUUCUGGGACAAUCCCCUGACUCGAGAGCCGGAUUGGAGGAAAUGAAAUUACUCAUAACACUUUUGCUAGGCGCCGCUGUUCAAUGUCCAAAUAAAGAGUUAUUUAUUGCAAGAAUUAAAGAAUUGGACGUUAACACUCAGCAUGCAAUAGUGGAAGUUAUCAAACAGGUAACCGAGAGCCAAACACUCGUCCUUACCCAGGACGCCAUGGAUCAAUUGUCCUCGGAAGCUUUGUGCAAGAAAAUUGUUAAACUGGCAAAAGAACGUGACCAAUACCACAAUAAAUGGAUAUCAACCAUAACUUUCGAUUCAGAUUCCGUAACAAGUUCCGGAUCCAAGACCGGCCUCCUCAACUCUUCUCCAUCAACGAACAGCUCAUCAAACACAUCCUCUUCAAUCUCUGAAAACAAUCACCUGGCAGUUGAACUUGCCGACUAUAAAUCGAAGCUACGGAAACUACGUCAAGAAUUGGAGGAAAAAUCUGAGUUGUUGAUGGAAGUUAAAGAAGAGCUCGACCACAAAUCAAAUCAAUAUGAAAAACUUAGGAUAGAGAGCCAAGAUUGGUACUCAGAGGCUAGGAAGGCCACUGCUUAUCGAGAUGAAGUCGAUGUUUUGCGAGAACGAGGAGAACGUGCGGAUCGAUUAGAUAUAGAAGUCCAAAAGCUAAGAGAGAAAUUGUCCGAUGCAGAAUUCUAUCGCACUAGAGUCGAAGAACUUCGAGAAGACAAUAGGAUGUUGUUGGAAACAAAAGAAAUGUUAGAGGAACAACUGCAGCGAUCGAGAAAGCGUAGCGAUCAAGUUAUGAUUCUUGAGGCAGAAAUUCUUAAAUUUAAACAAAUGCUUAAUGACAUGUCUUUAGAAAGGGAUGUUGAUAAAAGCAAGCUUCAGGAAUUGUUAGAAGAAAAUGUACAAUUGCAAUUGGCCACUAAAAACCUAAUGUCUGGGCCGGAAGCUGUUGUAAAUCGUCAUCAAUCGGAUACGGAAGAAGACUUACCAUCGAACGACAACAGUUUAUCUGAGCAAUUGAGUACAAAUGCACAGUCGCGUGCCUUAAAACUGGAGCUAGAGAAUCGACGACUAUUGGCCGCACUAGAAAGCUUGAAAGAAUCCACAUUCCACGAAUCGUCAAACAAAAUAUUGGAUUUGGAGAAAGAUAAAAAAAAAUUAUCUCUCCGCUUGGAGCAAGUUCAGGACAAUUGCAAUCGUUUGGUGAAACAAAACAGUGAAUUGGAAAAUGUUUUCAAAAAUGCUUUAGAAGAAAACAAAAAACUACAGGACACAAUAGACAACAAGCAGACAAUGAUUGAUAAACAGAGCCACGAUCGAGAAUUAGAUAGAAUUCGUCAAUUUGAUUUAGAAAAACAAAUUGAAAGCCUUACAAAAGAAAAGCAGCGCAUUCAAACUUUAUGUGAUAGCAUUCAAAGGAGAUCUGUCGACUUGGAACGAUCGAUAGACGGCAAGAUUAAAGAAGUUGAUCAACUUAAUGAACGUUGUUCAGGAUUCGAGGUCAUCAAAAAAGAUCUCUACAGCGCACAGGUAAAAAUGUCAUCAUUAGAAAGAGAAAAUUCCAAUCACACUAAAGACUUAAUGAAAUACAAGGAGAUGCUCGAGCAGAAAAGUGUUGAGCUGGAUUCUUUUGUAACAAAACUUGAACACAAAGAAAAAGAAAUCAUUCUUCGCGACAAACAACUUGCUGAAAACAUUGAGCUACAGAAAAAAAUUCAUGAGCUGGAAAAGGCUAACAAUGAGCUGCUUUCCCAACAGAAAAUCCAGAAUGAAACAAUAGCAACACUUCAGGAAGACCUCUUCAAUGGUACUCUCGCUAAGAAAAAAGUUAAACAAAACCUCGAGAGGCUCGGUUUGAACGAAACCGACAUAGAGAAAACUGAUUUGAAUGUAGAAGUAUUUGUUGAAAAAUUAUGUCAAAAUCCCGAGUCCUUCAAGACAGUUAAAGAAAUUGUUUUGAAUGUGAGUAAAGAAUCGACGAAAUCAUCAGACAUGUGUGUCCUUUGUCAUAAAAAAGAGAUCUACACUGUUGAAAAAAAUAUAGAAUUUACUGAUUGUGAAGAGCUAGCAAGUCGCAACGAAUUAGAGGUAAAAGUAGAGCAAUUGAAAGGUGAUAAUUUUGCGUUACAAACGGCAAAUGAAUCGCUCCAAUCGGAAAAUGCAAGACAAAAAGUGGAAGUUGCCACCUUGGGUUCGCAAAUAACAUCGCUGAACACACAACACGUUGCUUUACAGCUAGCCAAUUCUCAACUAGCAGCAGAGAAAGACAUGUUAGUUAAACAAGUGGAAGCCAAGAGACAAGCAUAUGACUCACUUCAACAUGAUCAAGUUACUCUGCAAUGUCUUCACGAGCAACUAAGCAGCGAGUAUGAAUCGCUAAACAACGAGAAAGAAAUUCUUAAAAACUCUAUUCGCGAUCUUAAACUCGAUAACAGAGACAUUAAAGAACAUGCUCUAGUUCAGGAAAAACUGGUAGAAGAUCUUAAAAUGGAGCUGAAUGCCAUGAAAGAUGGCAUAACUAAUCUCGCCAAUUUGAGAGCAGAACAUUCUAAAUUAAAAGAUGAUUUCCGCUGCUUAUUUACAACAAGCGAAAGACUCAAACAAGAAUACAAAAAUAGACAAGAUCAAUAUAGAGCCUGUAGGAACGAGAAUAGCCGUUUGAAAUUGCAAAAUACCGAAAUUACUGGCGAUUUGAGUAACAAAGUUGAACAGAUAACGAAUUUGGAAAUAGAAUACACAAAAAUGUACCAACGCUGCGAAAUGUUAUUGCAAAUGAAUUCGAGUUUAGACAUCGAUAGAAGAACGUUGAUGGAUCACGUCUCACAAAUAUUGGCACAGUACCACGAACUCCUGGCACAUUCGUUAGAAGAUAAACAGCAUUAUCACGAUGAAGAAAAGAAUCUUACUGAUAAAGUGAACAACCUUCACCGGCAAAAGGAAAAAUUGGAAGAGAAAAUAAUGGAACAUUACCGAAAACUUGAUAGUUGCUCACCAAAAAAAAAACCUUUUGCCCUAAACUUUGUAAAAAAAGUUAGGAAAGCUGGGUCCGAAUUGAUGAGCCGAGUUCCAAACAGGAAUCGUCGUUCUUGGGUGGAUGACAGCAGACUCACUCAAUCACAGUUUACUCUAGGAUCAGAGUCUGGGGGAAAUGAGUCUGAUAAUAGUAUGGAGGAGCCAAAUUCGGUGGCUUCCGAUACAAACUUAUUGCAACGAAAUUCGGUAACUCGUCAAAGUCUACAACGAAAACCAAACAAUGAUGCAUUGAAUUCCAGUCUUUUAAGAGGUGGAAUUCGUAGCAGUUUACAAACAUCGCGACGAGAAGAAGUGAAUCCAUCGCAUAGAAAUAGUUUUCCAGGAUUCGAUACUCAUGCAGAUUCCUUGAACCUGGGGACAGCUGGUACCAGGAGAACCGUUUAUGUUAUGGAUGAAAAAACAACGAAUGCCUCUAACCCUGGAUCAAAUACCGCUACAACAAUAGUUGUGACAAAUACUCCUUCACCACCAGCGUCUAUAUCAUCUCCGUCACAUUCAACUUCUGGAGGCCAAACUCAAAGCUCCAAGGCUACUGGCCAAUCUUUGCCAAAUAAUCCAUCGAAUCACCCUGGCAACAACAAUGAGACCUUUCUUUUACUAAACCGUAUCUCAACUACGACAACCGUUAAAACUACAGAAUGUUCACCGCAGAACCCAACUACUAAUCCAUCGACAAGUGCUUCGCCGCAGCCUACAACAUCAACUUUAGAUGCUGAUGAAACAAAUAAAAAAGAUUCUGCUAGUAAAAAAGCAAAAAACGAGGCAAAGAACAGAGAAAGCGCUAUUUGGUUUGAAUACGGAUGCGUGUAAAAGUAUACAAGAAAGGGUCAUAAUCAUCAUAAUAGAGACCCGCACAAAUAUUCAAAGUUGCUUGAAAAAUCAAAAGAAAUCAACCUAGAAACAUACCAUUUUUACUUCAUCAUUGAUAUCGGUAAACAAUUGGAUUACCUUUCAUUAUUGAGAUAUAUCAUGUAAUUCCAUGACUUUUAAAGUAACAGGCGGAAGGUAAAGGUUAUGACAUAGGACUGAAACAAGAUACAUUUAUCUUGCAUACGGAAAUUUAAAAAGUUAAGUUGUGAUUAUCCAAAUUGUACUUAUUGUAAAUGUUAUUUUCUAUGUUCUCAAAAUAUUACAUGUACCUAAAUCUUUAAUCAUCAUGGCUUUCAUUUCUUAAAUAAAUGA